AAAGGUGGAGGGUGAGGCUGACCCAAAAAAAGAGGAGAUUGAGAUGGAGGAUAAAAAAGGAGGAUGCAGGGAGAGUGACAGGCGGGGCCAGGGAAGGUGAAGAGGGGGAAUAAGGAAGAAGAGAGAAAGCGGCUCAGGAAAAUCUGGAAGAUAGAGAUGAAGAGGAGGAUGGCUUUGAAAAAGCAGAGCGAGGAAGAGGCCGGGCCAACAAAUGAGAAGAGAAAAAGCAAUGAGGAUGAGGAGGAGCUCAGGAAGAAAACAAAGAAUACUGCAGAGGGGAAAGACCCGGGUCUAAAGAAGCAUUUGAUGAAAAUUAAGAACCAAAAAGAAGCAAAGCAAAAAGAGCUAAAAGAGGCGGAGCUUCAGAAGAUUGCUAAGAAAGGGCCCAAAGAGGCAGAGCUGCAGAGCAAGAUCGCUAAGGCCUCAUCAAAAACUAAGAAGAGAAAAAGCAAUGAGGAUGAGGACCUGCUUGAGAAGAAAACAAAGGACACUGAAGAGGAGAAAGACCCAGGUUUAAAAAAGAAUUUGGUGAAAAUUAAGAAGCAAAAAGAAGCAAAACGAAAAGAGCCAAAAGAGGCGGACCUUCAGAAGGAGAUCGCUAAUAAAGAGCCAAAACAGGUGGAGCUUCUGAAGGAAGUCAUUCAGCAGAAGAAAGAGGUGGGCAUACAGACUGAGAUGAUUAAUGCAGCACAGAAAGAGGCGGAGCUUCAGGAGGAGAUUACUCAGAAUGAGCAAAAAGAGCUAAAGCUUCUGAAGAAAAGAGCUAAAGCUUCUGAAGAAAAAUGA